AAGGAGGCAGGCAGGGGGAGUCGAGCAAAGGCCGCCCCGUCGUCUCCCCCUCCGCUGCGGUGCACAUGACGGCGCCCAAGCUCCAGACAGCCCUCUUUCCGCCUUGAGUGACAGCGGGCUGCAACGGGGCUGGGCGGCUUCAAUUAGAGUCGAUCCGAAGGAUCGUGGCGGAGCGAGCCUGAGUGGGCCCUCAGGGCAGGGUGGGUCGCUGGCUCGCGAGGUCUUUCCCAAGCGACUGCUGGAAGCCAGGGCCUCCUGUGCCUUCAAAAGCGGUGUGACAGGCAUCACUUUGAUUGACAGUUUUCCCCUCUGUGCAUUUUCUCCAAAAAGUUUGCAUGUUGAAUGCCUUCCUAUUGAACAGCAGAUAAAAUGAAAUGGUAAUGUAAUAGGUAACCUCAAGAUGGAAACAAAUAUGCCUACAGCAAUGUGUUUUCUACACUAAAAUUGCCAGGCAGUUCUUUACGUGCCUUAUCCUUUUUGUUGGGGGACAGCAAGAUGUAUCUUCUUUAAGCUUGUCCUGAUAUUAUCUAAACUUAGAGGAAUGUGGGCCAACAAAUAUAUAUAUCGAUUCCCAAGGCAAUGGAUUUAUUUCAGGCACACUGGACUACACAGUACUCUGUUCCUUAAAAUCCAGAAGUUUGGGAAAGAUUCUGAUCAUUGUUGUAUUUUACAAGCUUUCCGUGUUUUUUCCACAGACAGGAUCUCUCAAGUUCAGAAUGAAAGGCUGAUAAUGGAUAUGGCAACAUGUGCCAAUGGCAAAGGAGGCAGUAUUGUCGAUGACAAAGCAUUCAAGGAACCUCAUGGUGGAAGACAGCAUGAGAUGGAAGCAAAAAUGAAACAUCUCAACUUGUCAUUUGCAGCCUGUGGGUUUCUGGGGAUAUACCACUUGGGGGCAGCAUCUGCUCUGUACAGACAUGGUAAGAAGGUAUUGAAGGUUGUGAAGGCUUUUGCAGGAGCUUCUGCAGGAUCUUUGAUUGCCACUGUUCUUUUAACAGUGCCAGAAAAUAUAGAGGAAUGUACAAAAAUCACCUACGAAUUUGCGGAAGAGACUAGGAAACUAUAUUUUGGUGCAUUGACACCAGGCUAUGACUUCAUGACAAAACUUAGGGGAUGCAUUGAUUUGAUUCUCCCUUCUAAUGCUCAUGAGAUAGCAGAAAAUCGCCUCUUUGUAUCAGUCACUAGCACUAAAAAUGGAAAAAAUCAUUUGCUUUCAAAUUUUGCCUCCAGGGAGGAUCUUGUAAAGGCCCUGCUUGCAAGCAGUUUCAUUCCUCUGUAUGCUGGAUUCAGUGCUGUGGAUUAUAAAGGACAGAAAUGGGUUGAUGGUGGCUUAACCAAUGGCCUCCCUAUCCUGCCAUGUGGCAGAACUGUAACAGUGUCUCCAUUUUGCGGUCGAUUUGACAUCUGCCCACAAGAAAAAGGACACAUGGAUAUCUAUGCUAAAGUUGCAAAUCAAGACAUAAUGUUGUCUACAGCCAACUUCAAAAGGUUUCAACAGGCUCUAUUUCCACCAAGCCAGGAAAAAAUGGAAUUACUGUACCAAGAUGGAUAUGAACACACCAUUAAUUUUUUAUUGAAGGAAAACUGGUUUGAAUAGAGUAUAUGUGCCCAAAGUUAAUGAAGUCUGAUGGCAGUCAGAACAAAGCUAGAAACACUCUGCAGAGCCCAAUGGAUUGCUGUCAGAAUUUCUGUUUAUGUAGAACGAAUGCCAUAGGAAUUGCAUCUGUUGCUACCAAACAACUGUUAAUAUGUAGACACAUUGGAUGGAAUUUGUAAAUGGUUCACGUGCAUUGGAAUUGUACUCCUAUAGUAAGAGGAUAUGCUUUUAAGAGAAGAUCAAAUGAACAAAAAUCAAAGGCUUUUUGCGGACUGUAUGAUUUUAGUACACUAUGCAACAAUAGUUCAAGGAAUGCUGAAAUAAGACUUGCCAGCAUUAAUUGCAUUUGAGAUAUAUGUUCACAUUGUGGUCCAAAAAUAUACAUUGUCUUCAGAGAGCUAAAUAUUCACAUUUUUUUCAAGUAAUCCUAUUUGUGUGUGCCCAUUAAUUGACUUAUUCAUUUUGGUUUUAAAAUCUGUUCCUGUCCCCACAGUAGUGUACACUCAAGCAUAAAUUCUAAUUAUAAAGAGACUGUGGGAGACAGAACAGCUUAAUUGCGUAUCUUUUAAUUGUUAUGCAUAUGUGUUUACCCAUUACUACAUCUUGUUCUUCAAAUAUGUUGCAUAACUUUUAACAUUUUGUUUGCAUAGUAUAGUGUUUCAGAAUGCUAAAACUUGUUUGCUGUCAUACAAAAUUCAUUGCAGAGAGGGAGAGUAGAAUUAAAAAAUGGUGGCGACAGUGAGAUGGAUCCAAUCCCAAAUUCAGACCAGAACAAAUCCUGAUGAUGUAUGAAGCAUAUUAAAGCAGUCCUUUCCCACAAAACUCCAAAAGAGAGAAUUGGUCAUAAAUACCCAAAUUGCAGAGAUGGCCAAAGGAUUUUUAAACUGUUAGGAACCCACAGGGUUUAAGGUUUCCAUUUCUAAUUGUGGUGGCAGUACAAUGUAAGAAAAAGAUUUAUUCUGGUUUGAUUGUAUAUGAAAACAUCAAUUUAUUGAAUUGGCAAUAUUUUGAAUAAAUGCUUGUUUUAUUGCA